CUCCUUCUCCAGAAAAAAAGUCGCCAUUUUGGUUCACUGCCUUCGCCCCCCCCCCGCGGUCGGCGCAUCCGGGCCAGGCCGCUGCCCGGCCGCAGUGACAGAGAUGACUGACCCCUUCUGUGUUGGAGGAGGCCGUCGGCUCCAGGGUUCCAACAAAAAUGGACCUGGGAAGGGUGGCAGCCGGAAGGAGGUUCGACUUCCCAUACUGCCGGACCCACCAAAACUGGGGAUGCCAGUGGCCCACAGUGGACAGACAGUGCCUGGCCAAGCCCCACUCUGCUUUGACCCAGGAAAUCCAGCCAGUGACAGGACCGAAGGGAAGAAAAAGGGGAGGCCAAAAGCUGAGAACCAGGCCCUCCGAGAUAUUCCUCUCUCCCUGAUGAACCUGUGGAAAGAUGAAUUCAAGGCACAUUCAAGGGUGAAGUGUCCAAACUCGGGGUGCUGGCUGGAGUUCCCCAGCAUCUACGGGCUCAAGUAUCAUUAUCAGCGGUGCCAAGGGGGUGCCAUCUCAGAUAGGCUGGCCUUCCCUUGCCCCUUCUGCGAGGCUGCAUUCACCUCCAAGACCCAGUUGGAGAAGCACCGGAUUUGGAAUCACAUGGACCAUCCCCUGCCUCCCCCCAAGCCUGGCCCAGUCAGCCGGCCAGUCACCAUCAGCCGGCCUGUUGGGGUCAGCAAGCCUAUCGGAGUGAGCAAACCUGUUACUGUUGGCAAACCAGUGGGGGUCAGCAAGCCCAUUGGUAUCAGCAAGCCAGUCACAGUCAGCAGACCCAUGCCAGUCACUAGGCCCAUGCCAGUCACCAAGCCUGUUACAGUCAGUAGGCCCAUGCCAAUCACCAAGGCCAUGCCUGUCACUAGACCUGUGCCAGUCACCAAACCUGUGCCAGUCACCAAACACAUGCCAGUAACCAAGCUUGUGACAGUUACAAAACCUGUGCCAGUCACCAAACCAGUACCUGUCAGCAGGCCCUUUGUGGUCAGCAAGCCAGUGACAGUCAGCAGGCCCAUUGCCAUCAGCAGACACACACCACCUUGCAAAAUGGUGCUGCUGGCCAAGUCUGAGAACAAAACAUCUCGUGCUGCAGGGAAGAACAGCAAUAAGAAAAGGGCUGCAGAUGGCCUGGACACCUGCCCCAUCCUAUCCAAGCAGGCAAGACCAGAGAAUGGGGAGUAUGGCCCAUCCACUGUGGGCCAGAGUGUGACCUUCCAAUUGAGUGCAGACCCCAGCAACAGCUCUCUGCUGACAAGCAGCAAUAGGCCCUUAGUGGGCAAGGAAGCACUGCAGUCUACAGUACCUCUGUCCCAGCCAGAGGAGGACCCUGAGCGUACAAAGCACAGGUCAGGAAGGAAACAGAAAACACCCAAGAAAUUUACAGGGGAGCAGCCAUCCAUCUCAGGGACCUUUGGACUCAAAGGCCUGGCUAAAGCAGAAGAUAAGGCCCGAGUUCAUCGCUCCAAGAAGCAAGAGGGGCCUGGCAGCGAGGAAGUGCGGAAGAAAGUGCCAGCUACCCCCGUCACUGUCAGCAAGGAGACAGCAACUCCUGUGGUCCACUCAGCCCCAGGUGGCCCUGAAGAACAGUGGCAGCGAGCCAUCCAUGAACGAGGGGAGGCUAUUUGCCCCACCUGCAAUGUGGUCACGCGAAAGACCCUUGUGGGGCUCAAGAAGCACAUGGAGGUGUGUCACAAGCUACAGGAGGCCCUCAAGUGCCAGCACUGCCGGAAGCAGUUCAAGUCCAAGGCCGGCCUUAACUACCACACCAUGGCUGAACACAGUGCCAAGCCCUCUGAUGCUGAGGCCUGUGAGGGAGGAGAGCAGGAGGAAAGAGAGCGGCUUCGUAAAGUGUUGAAGCAGAUGGGGCGCCUGCGCUGCCCUCAAGAGGGUUGUGGGGCUGCCUUCUCCAGCCUCAUGGGCUAUCAGUACCACCAGCGGCGCUGUGGGAAGCCACCCUGUGAGGUGGACAGCCCCUCCUUCCCUUGUGCCCAUUGUGACAAGACUUACCGCUCCAAGGCUGGCCAUGACUACCACAUGCGCUCAGAGCACACAGUCCCGCCUCCUGAGGAGCCCACAGACAAGACCUCUGAGGCUGACAGUCUGCUGGGUGUGGAGCGGACCCCAAGUGGUCGCAUCCGCCGCACAUCAGCCCAGGUGGCCGUGUUCCACCUACAGGAGAUUGCAGAGGAUGAGCUGGCCCGUGACUGGACCAAACGACGCAUGAAGGAUGAUCUUGUGCCUGAGACUACCCGGCUCAACUAUACUCGGCCAGGCCUCCCCACACUCAACCCCCAGCUGCUGGAGGCAUGGAAGAAUGAAGUCAAGGAGAAGGGCCAUGUGAACUGUCCCAAUGAUUGCUGUGAAGCUAUCUACUCCAGUGUGUCUGGCCUGAAGGCCCAUCUUGCCAGCUGCAGCAAGGGGGACCACCUGGUGGGGAAGUACUGCUGCCUGCUAUGCCCCAAAGAGUUCAGCUCUGAAAGCGGUGUCAAGUACCACAUCCUCAAGACCCAUGCAGAGAAUUGGUUCCGGACCUCAGCAGACCCCCCACCCAAACACAGGAGCCAGGACUCCUUGGUGCCCAGAAGAGAGAAGAAAAAUGUGGCAGGAGGGAAAAAGCGGGGCCGCAAACCCAAGGAACGGUUGCCUGAGGAGCCCACAUCCAAGCUGCUGCCCCACCGGGACGACUGGCCCCCGGGAGGCAGAGACAGAGGGUCGCGGGGCUCCACUGGGAGGAAAGCUGGAGUUGGCAAGGCACCUGAAAAGUGAGCCUGAUGGGUGGGGCCCAGUCCCCAAUGCUGGCCACCAUACCCCAUUUGGUUCAGGGUAGGGGAACCAACUCCAGACCUCCCGUCCUCCAUCUUCCACCUAUUUGUCCAGUGGGGGUGGCCAACCACUUUCCCCUCCCUAAAAGUAUUCCUUUCCCUAUUUGGGCUGCCUCCCAUGGCUGGGCACCCUUGGGGUGCCAGGGUUGGCAGCAGAAGUGCAAUAGCCUGGGAGACCCAGCCUUCCCCACAAGGACAUUUAUGGGUCUGGCAGGACCUGAGGCCAUGGUGCCAUGGAGGCUACAGUGCUGAGAAGUCUAAUGGCCUUCAGUCCAUUUCCACCUCCUCAGGCCCAGUAGGAUCCCUGCCCUAGCUCCCCCAAGGCUCAGGCAUCCUUGGUGACCCAUGGUUCUGGGCUGAUGAAGGUAUCUGAGCAGCCUGGCUAUCACCAUGUGGGCCUAACCUCCAUCUAACACUGGAACUCCAGUAUUCCUUGCUACCUCCCAGGACAGACCCCAUCCAGCCACUGCCAUGCUGCCCUGACAGCUGCCUACCUGCCUGCCCUUAUCCACUUCACCUCCGAUCCCUCUGCUUGUUUUCUACCUCUCUGGGUCUGCCCUCUCCUCUGUCAUCCCUGCUGUGCUUCAGGCCCCACCCUCCAGCCUGGUGUGGUCCUAGUGGAGUAUGCAACUUUCUAGGUAAAGGAAGGACUCUGUUCUACCUAUAGGGAGGCCCAAACUCAUAGCUGCCAGUCUGGGGGUGAGGGGCUUGUCUUCUCAGCCUCCAUCCUUUAGAUUCUGACCUGUGGUAGGCAGCCAAAGGGGAUCUUCCUGGGGCUGGAGCCAUGUAGAACAGAGGUUAGGCAGAAGAGACCCACCCUUGGGGUUGGCUAUGGAAGAUGGCCUUUGUCCACCGGAUGAAGGUGAUAUAGAGUCAAAGCCGUGGAAACCUUCUGUAUUACCUGCCCUGUGUAUCUAAUGGCUGCUUAGUCAUUUGAUACAGUCACUGAAGACUAGUAAAGGAUGGAAUCUCAGUAUCGCAGAUUCGGCCUGGGCCCAACCCCUCUGGUCCCUGAGGAUGACAGGAUCUACAGGUUGGGCAGGGUCAGGAAGGGAGCCGUGGGUUCCUGGAGGAGAUGGUCACUCCAGGUGGCCCCUUUCUGGCUCUGGAUUUUCUUAACUGGGUACCCAGACAUUGAGUUGGAGCCUCCUGACUGGGAGUUGGAAGGAGGACUGCCUUCCAACCCCUAUGAGCCGCACCAGGAGGAGGAGGCUCAAGGGAGUUGGGCCAGAUUUUUUUCCAGUGGGGGUGGGGGUGGGCUGAGGGCUCAGCCUUGAUCCUGGAUGAUGUGAAUUUUAAUAUUUGCCUGUGUGCGUGUCUCCUGGGUGUCGUCAAUGCCAGUCUUGUUGCUGUGACAAGUAACAACCUUUUUUAAAAUAAUGUUUUGGUUUUUUUUUUUUUAUAUAUACAAAUACUCAACAAUCUGACAUUUUGGUGCUAAGGGUUUCCUGGUGCCGAAGGUGGGGUUAGGCUAUAGUACUGACUGGUACCCACUCUGCUCCCAGGAAGGAGGUGUUCCAAGGAGACCAGCGUCAGGGAGCUUUAGGAUGGGGUCAUUGUACACUCCUGUCUGGGUGUACAGUAAACCCUGAUUCUCACACUUUGACCUGAUCUGAGGCUGCAGAGGUGAGUGUGGUUCAGUGUCAAAGGUCAAAAAGUAGGCUCGGGCUUUAGGGCAGUAAUGUUCAGUUGGGGAGAGGAAAGGAGUCCAGGUGCACUUUGACAACUCUGCAGGGUGUGGCUGUCUACCCCAGCCUCUCAGGUACUUGGCACUUGGGGGCAAGAGUAGGACCUGGGUUUUGCUGGGGGUGAGUUUCCAGGACACCCCCCAACCAAAGCCCACAUGUAGGCCCCAGUGUAGGCAUGUUGGGGGGGGGGGGCGUCUGGAUAACUUGUUUAGCACUUUAACUCCCUUUGUCUUUGAGGUGGUUGUGGGGCAGCUGUCCACAACAGCAGUUGGUUGGGACCCCUCGCUCCUACAUUUGUUGGUGAAGGUCAUGGCUAGCUAGUCUGCAGAACCCUCCUCCCAAAGUGGUAGGGUCCUGAGCAGGACUUAGCCGAGCCUGCUCAACUCCUUACUCGUGAUCACCGGCAUGCAUGCACAGACCUAGGAGGCCCAACCUUUAGACCCUUGGCAAAAUGCGACAGUCUGGGUCUCUGCAGAUCUACCUCUGGCCCAGUGCUUGCUCUGCCCUUUAAACGAAAGUUCCCAGGGUGAGCACUUAACACAGAACCAGGGUGCACUUUAUGCUCCUGUACAGACUCCUGCGAGGGUCUCCUGGGAGUCCUUAGAUCUCCCCUUCCCUCUGGAGGUUCUGAAGGUAGACCCUAGAAGGGGAGGCCUGCUAACCCUGUGUGCCCUGCUGGGUGGAACCAGGCCCCACUCUUAAGGCCUGGUUUCCUGGGUCACCCUUUCUACCUGGUGGAAGAGCCUCCUGAACUUUGGGUUUUUGUUUGGUUUUAAUGCAGUUCUCAGUACACAAGUGCAUUUAGAAAGACAGGUUCCAGCUACCACUUGUAACCAUAGAUAAACACAUAUAUAUUCUAUCUACAAAGUGUUUUAUUUGCAAGAUGUUUUGAGGUGAGCUUGACCAUGCCCGCCUUGUGACUUAUCGCCAUCUUCGUUCCCGCCACGCCCCCCGGUCCUGAGUGCCGCGGGGGCGGGUCAUCAACUGUAUGUAUUAAAAAUAACUGUAUCAAAUAAAUGUUUAUUAACUUUUUUUUU